CACGCACCUCUUUUCUUUUCUUUUUUUUUUCCUACUUUUAUUUUCUGUUCUUUUUAACUCUUUCUCCUCCUUGUACUUAAUACUAUAUUUUUAUACCAUGUUUUCAUUUUUACGACGAACAGCAGGUGUCGCCGCAGAAUCAACUGCAAAAGCACUUCGAAUGGACGGUCUUCAAGGUUGGCAAAAGGAAUUACCUAUGCUUACUUUACAAAACAAAGCUGAUUUGGACGCAUGGGCUAUAGGAUGUGAUAAGGAUAUUGGAGGAUUUUCUGAAGCUUCAUUAGAAAUUACACCACAUAAUACCGGUCGUUUUUAUGGUUAUCUUUCAUUGGAUCUACCUGUUAACCCUGAAAUACAACAAAGUGGAUAUGCUGCUAUACGGUCAAAGGCUCGAGCAUCAUCUAUGUUUGGAACACCAUGUUGGGAUACUAGCCUGUUUAGGUAUUUAGCUUUACGAGUGAAAGGGGAUGAUCGAAAAUAUUUUGUCAAUAUUCAAACAGAUGGUGUCAUUCAAACUGAUUUAUAUCAACAUCGACUCUUUUUGAAAACUCCUGGUCAAUGGGAAACUGUGAUGAUACCUUUCCGAGACUUCAUUUUAACCAAUAAUGGAAUGAUUCAAGAACAACAAAUUGAAAUGUAUAGAGAAAAGGUCAAAACAAUUGGUAUAUCACUUAUGGAUAAAAAAGAAGGCCCCUUUAGUAUAGAAAUUGAAUCAAUAUCAGCACAAAACACUCCAUUUACAGAAGGGGAUCUAGAUAGAAUGGAAUAAAAAAAAAUUUAAUUUGAAAUGCCGCAUUA